UCGAGCUUAAUAACCAAGGUACAGAGUGUAUGUACCUUUUGCAUGAGACCAAUAAUAAUGAAUAUUACAAUCCAUUUCUCCUUUGAUUUAAUAAGAAUUGUCUUGAUGGUGUUUCGGAAGUAGUCGUCUUUGGACUUUAUAUAUCUUACUAGGUCCAUCAUCAUCAACCUUUUCUUUCUUUCUUUCUUUCUUUAUUUAUUUAUUUAUUUAUUUUGAACUGCAUGGUUCUGUCCCUCUCCCGCCACAAAUCCCCUAAACGCUUUCAUCUUCAACCUCCAACUCCCCUCAAAAUCCCCACUAAAACCUUCAACCUCUCAUCAAUGGCGUCCUCCCCUCUCCUACCUCCUCUUCCUCGCCCCUCUCUCUCCUCCCCCAACCCCAUUGUCUCCCUCCUCUCUCGCUGCUCCUCGACCUGCCACCUCGAACAACUCCACUCCCUCCUUGUCCGCUCUGGUCUCUCCCAUUCCCCAACCCAACAAGCCCAUCUCGUCUCCUUCUGCUGUAAUCACUCCAUCCCUUUAUUCCUCAACUACGCCCACCAACUGCUCGACGAAAUCCACCAACCAAACCCUCUUCUCUACAACACCCUCAUCAAAGCCUACUCUGACCGAAAAUCUCCCGAAACCGCUGUCUCUGUGUAUAUCCAAAUGAUCUCUGGCGGUUCCCUGCCCAAUUCCCACACCUUCCCUUGCCUCCUCAAAUCGUUCGAUCAUGCUGCCUCGAUCAAAUUCGGCGAUGAGAUUCAUGCGCACACGAUUAAGUUUGGAUUUGGCGAUGAUCCGUAUGUUCAGAAUGUGUUGAUCUGUAUGUAUUCAUCAAGUGGAGAGAUCGGUAUUGCGAGGGAAGUAUUUGAGAGGAGCAAUAAGUGCAAUGUGGUAAUGUGGAAUGCGAUGAUGACGGGGUAUAAUAAGAGCAGGAAAUUUAGAGAGACGUGCAAGCUUUUCUGUGAUUUGGAGAGGGAUAAAGUGAGCCCGAGUUUGGUCACAUUCAUUUUGGUGCUAUCGGCAUGUGCGAAGUUGGGAGAUUUGGAGUAUGGGAUGUGGGUUCAUAGCAUUAUCGGUGAUUGCAGCAUGGUUCCCAACCUAAAGGUGCACAAUGCGCUGAUCGAGAUGUAUGCAGGCUGCGGCGAUAUGGCCGUUGCUUGGAGAAUUUUUGAGGAGAUGACAGAGAAAGAUGUGGUUAGUUGGACCUCGAUGGUCGUUGGAUUUGUGAAUUCAGGACAGCUUGAUAGAGCACGCGUCCUCUUCGAUCAGAUGCCUGAUAGGGAUAUUGUGUCAUGGACUGCUUUGAUUGAUGGAUAUGUUCGUUGUAGCCGUUAUAAAGAGGCCCUAGCGUUGUUUCAUGCAUUGCAGAAUACAAAUAUAUGCCCAGAUGAGUUCACUAUCGUCAGCAUGCUAACAGCAUGCGCUCAGUUGGGAGCGCUCGAGCUUGGAGAGUGGGUACGGGUAUAUAUUGAACGUAAGAAGAUCAAGAUGGAUGCGUUCAUGGGCAAUGCUUUGAUCGAUAUGUACUCCAAGUGUGGGUGUGUGGAUUCCGCAUUGGAGAUCUUCAGGAAGGUGCCAAAGAGGGAUAAGUUCACUUGGACUGCGAUGAUUGUUGGCCUCGCCAUCAAUGGGGAUGGCAAGCGUGCUCUCAGUCUGUUCUCUGAGAUGUUGAGAUCUUCGGUGAGACCUGACGAGAUAACCUUCAUCGGCGUCUUAUCAGCUUGCUCUCACUCGGGUUUAGUCGAUGAGGGGAGAGAUUUCUUUUCGAGAAUGAUAACAACAUAUGGGAUCAAGCCCAACGUGACACAUUAUGGUUGCCUUGUGGAUCUCUUAGGGCGAGCAGGUCAUCUUCAAGAAGCGUUAGAGACUAUAAACAACAUGCCGAUGAAGCCUAAUUUGACGAUAUGGGGAUCUUUUCUCGGUGCCUGUAGAGUUUAUAGAAACUUUGAGAUGGCAGAAUUGGCUUGUUAUCGCCUUCUAGCGUUGGAUUCUGACAAUGGAACGAGCUACGUUCUUCUAUCCAACAUAUAUGCAAAAUCUAACAAGUGGGACAAAGUGCAUAAAAUCAGGGAGAUGAUGAUGGAGAAGGGAAUCAAGAAGGAGCCAGGAUGCAGUCUAAUAGAGAUGAAAGGUGAGGUUCAUGAGUUCAUCGCAGGUGAUAGAUCACAUCCUCAAUCUUGUGAUAUAUACUCAAAACUGGAGGAGAUUGGUGAAAAACUGAAGAGUGCUGGUUAUGUUCCUGAUACUUCAGAGGUUUUACUUGAUAUGAGAGAGGAUGAGAAGUAAAGCGCGAUAUUUCAGCAUAGUGAGAAGCUGACAAUCGCCUUUGGAUUGCUGAGCUCUCUGCCAGGUGCGACGAUUAGGGUUGUGAAGAACCUGAGGAUAUGUGCAGAUUGUCAUGCUGCGAUAAAAAUGGUGUCGAGGUUGGAUCAGAGAGAGAUCAUCGUGAGAGAUCAGACACAGUUUCAUCACUUCAGGGAUGGACAUUGUUCUUGUAAGAAUUUUUGGUGAUUUAUUUGGUUUUAAGUAAGAAAAAUGCCUUAGGAACCUCAAAAUAGGGGACCCUGAGUAAGACAGGUGAGGUGUCGUCUCCUUGUUCCGUAAUGCACUGUUCAUAAACAGUGCAUCACAGGACAAGGAGGCG